AUGCAGCUUCUACUGGAUGAAAAAGCCAUCACUCCCUGCGGCUCCCCCCGGUUCGUCCAGCGCCUGGCGGAGGGGGGCGCUCAAGAGCCCGGCGCAGUUCCGGGAGGCCAAGUCCAAGGAGGAGGAGCCGGAGGAGGAAGUGGUCUGGAGCCCGGUGGGCGCGAGUCGGAGAUGGUGCUGCCAGGCCCGCUGCUCGGGAGUGCAUGCCGUGCGAUCCUCGGGUCGGCGGAGGCUGUGCUCUGGGGCUUGAAGUCAAUAAAAGGAAGCUGCCACAAUUUUUGUACUGCUGUUAAAGAUGUCACUUACAAGGAACUUAAAAGUCUCUUGAAUUCCAGGCAAAUUACAUUAAUUGAUGUUAGAGAAAGAUGGGAAAUUGUCGAGUAUGGGAAAAUUCCCGGGUCCAUCAAUAUACCACUGGGUGAGGUAGGUGAAGCUCUACAGAUGAAUCCAAACGACUUCAAAGAGAAGUACAAUGAAGUAAAACCAUCCAAAUCUGACAGCCUAGUGUUUUCUUGUUUAGCCGGAGUGAGAAGCAAGAAGGCUUUGGACACAGCAGUAUCUCUGGGCUUUAACAGUGUUCGACAUUAUGCUGGAGGAUGGAAUGAAUGGGCGACCUAUGAAUUUUCAGAAAAGAAAAAAGGAAAUUGAAUUCUGGAAUGCAAGCUGGCUCUUUCGUGUGUACAUGCAGCCUAGGACAGUAGAAUGAAUAAAAGGAUAAUAAUCUAGUCCUGGCAUCACUGGUUAAUGGGAAGGGGAUUUUGUGUAAGUCAAUUAUUUGCUGAAUCUUUUUCUUAACUGUAAACUGUAAAUUGACAAUGCCUUGUGUAGUUCCUUGAGGAUUCAAAUAAUGUAUGUAAUUUACCAUGGAAAUAUAAGGGUUGGGAUUCUAGAAAUUAAUUUGUAAAUAGUUUAGUGAACUAGUUUAGUUUAGUAUAGUACAAUAGUAUUAUCAAAGCCCAAGUUACUUGUCGUACCUACUUAUAACGUAUGACCAUUUGUGUUAGCCUGGGUUCUAUUCAUUAAAGAGUCUAUGAGCUAGACAAGUUUUUUUUUUAAUGAGUAAAAUAUUUUAGUAUGUUAAUUUUCCCAUUUUAGAAAAUUCAUAACAUUUGUUUUCCUAUUUUGAUAUACAGUACAAAUAUUUCUGAUAGAUACACCUUUUACCCAUAAUGAGUAGUUACUGCAUAUUGAAUAAUAUAAAGCAGCUAGUAAGCAUUUCUUGAACACCUUUUCUUGAUUUAGAUCCUAUGCUAAAUAUUCCAGAUUCUAAAAAGAUAAUAAAAUAGAUGUGAUUCCUCUCCGAAGAUGUUUGAUUUCUAGCAGAGGUCUAUAAAAGUUAAAAAAAAAAAAAAAAAAAAGCGCAGACUUUACCUUAAAAAACCAAGAAUCUGAGCUCCAGAAAUGUAGGUGAAAUAUAAAUAAAGAAAAUAUAUUAACACCAUCCAAAGACUUAUGGCAACGUUGUAAUCAGCAUGGUAGUGAUAUAAUUUGCAACUUAAUAUGAUCUAUAAAGAUAGAAAUAAUAGUGAUUCCUUCUGUAGAGGGAAGACUAGCUGGAAAAAGCAAGGAGGGAAAUUCCUAGGGUGAUGGAAAUGAUUUAUAUAUUGAUUGAGGUGUUGGUACAGAGGUGAUACAUUUAUCAAAACUCAGGGAACAUUUGAAAACAUACAUUUUCUGUAAUUAUAUCUCAAUUAAAAAUAAUGAAAAUAUGAAAAAAAUUUAAAUGUAAAUGACUCUCCCUAGCAUUGAGUAUAUGCCUUUAGAAUGUCAAACCAGUGCACUUUGUCAGUGCACUAGUGGUAAAAUGACUUUGUGUUUUCUUCCA